UAGGACUAUUUCUCUCUCUCUCCUCUGUCGUGAGCAUUAGCACUAGCAUUAGCAUUAGAAGAAGAAGAAGAAGAAGAAGAAGAAGAAGAAGAGGAAGAAGAAAGAGAGAGAGAGAGAGAGAACGAGCAAGAGAAAGAAGGGGCAGCGCAUCAAAGCAAUCCAACAACUUGCAGACAGACUCCUCACUCGGAAGUUUUUGUUCCACAAAAUGUCUUAGAAGUUUUGGAUCUCUUCUUCUUCCUCAUCACCCAUCCACCUGCUGAUACUAUUGUGGUAUAAGUUUCUUGGUCCGCAUCAACAUUAUGAGCGAGCCACGCCAUCCUCUCCUCUUUUCCCUUCUCAAUUGUCUAUUCCUCGUGUUUGUGGCCCGUCGAGUUCUGGCCGACAAUUAUGUCCCGACUGAUAAGAUUCUGCUCAGCUGCGGAGGUCCUUCCCAAUCUACUGAUGCUGAUGGUCGCAAAUGGUAUUCUGAUAUUGGCUCCAAGUUUGCUUUGGCCUCCUCCAAGGCUUCGGUUUUCCCUGCUGCUGAUCAAAAGCCCUCUGUCCCCCAGGUCCCUUAUAUGAAUGCUCGCAUUUUCCAGUCCAAUUACACCUAUCGUUUCCCCGUCGCCCCUGGUAGGAAGUUCAUCCGUUUGUACUUCUAUCCCACGUCUUACGGUGGCCUCAAUGCCUCUAAUGCCAUCUUCUCCGUCACCGCUGGACGCUUCAUGCUUAUGAAGAACUUCAGUGCUGCACAGACGGCUGAGGCUCUAAACUACGAUUUUAUCACCAAGGAGUUUUCUGUCAACGUGCCAUCCGGCGUGUUGAACUUAACUUUCUCACCAGCCUCAGACCCAGGCAAUUCCUACGCGUUUGUUAACGGCAUUGAGGUUGUCUCCCAUCCUGAUAUCUACAGUGCUGAAGGUCCCAGCCUACUUGCUGGACAAAAUGCACCCUUCUCCAUCGACAAUACUACUGCACUCGAGAAUGUUUAUCGGCUAAAUGUAGGUGGAAAUGACAUCUCGCCCUCCAACGACACAGGCCUUUUCAGGUCGUGGAAUGCCGAUUCGAGGUACAUCUUAGGCGCUGGUUCUGGGGUUACAAACGUAGCUGAUCCAAAUGUUACCAUCAACUAUCCCCCGGGGACGCCAUCUUAUGUUGCUCCGCUGGAUGUCUACAGGACUUUUAGAACAAUGGGCCCGAAUGCAAACGUGAAUCUCCAAUACAAUUUGACUUGGCUUUUCUCUGUGGAUACAGGAUUCUACUACCUAGUUAGGCUCCAUUUUUGUGAGGGAUUUGAGAAUAUUAGCUUAAUUAAUCAGAGGGUUUUCGACAUCUUUCUUAAUAAUCAGACUGUCCAGAAAGCAGCAGAUGUUAUUGCUUGGGGAAACACGAAUGGAGUUGCGCUGCACAGAGAUUAUCUGGUUUUCGUCCCUCCUAAUGUCUACCCGCAGCAAGAUAUCUGGCUUGCCCUUCAUCCCAACCCUGACACUAAACCCUCUUAUUAUGAUGCGAUCUUAAAUGGCGUGGAGAUAUUCAAAGUAAACAAUACUGAUGGAAAUCUUGGGGGUCUCAAUCCAACGCCACUUCCAAAUGAACUGGCAGUCUCUUCUACAACAUCAUCGGGUCGCUCGAAAAAGGGGAAAGCAGUCAUUGGCGGAGGGGUUGGAGGUGGAAUUGCUGCCAUCCUCCUCAUUGGGUUGCUUGUUUGUGCUGUUUCUCGUCGCCGCAAGCACCAAAAGGACUCUACUGCAAGUGAUGGCUGGCUUCCUCUUUCAUUAUAUGGAAAUUCACAUUCCUCGGGUUCUGCAAAGACAAACACGACUGGAAGCUAUGCGUCCUCCCUCCCUUCGAACCUUUGUCGCCACUUUUCAUUUGCCGAGAUCAAGGCUGCGACCAAUAACUUCGACGAGGCUGCUCUUCUCGGCGUGGGAGGGUUCGGCAAAGUAUACAGGGGUGAAAUUGAUGGCGGCACAAAAGUCGCAAUUAAGCGCGGGAAUCCACUUUCUGAGCAAGGCGUGCAUGAGUUCCAAACUGAGAUUGAAAUGCUGUCGAAGCUUCGGCACCGUCACCUGGUUUCGCUGAUUGGCUACUGCGAAGAGAACUGCGAGAUGAUCCUUGUUUACGACUACAUGGCACACGGAACCCUGCGGGAGCAUCUUUACAAGACGCAGAAACCUCCGCUGCCGUGGAAGCAGAGGCUGGAGAUCUGCAUCGGUGCUGCUCGCGGCCUGCACUACCUGCACACGGGUGCCAAGCACACAAUUAUCCACCGCGAUGUGAAGACGACCAACAUCCUGUUGGACGAGAAGUGGGUUGCAAAAGUUUCGGACUUUGGGCUGUCGAAAACGGGUCCUACGCUGGAUCACACGCACGUGAGCACAGUGGUGAAGGGGAGCUUUGGGUAUCUGGAUCCGGAAUACUUCAGGCGGCAGCAACUGACAGAAAAAUCGGAUGUGUACUCGUUUGGGGUGGUAUUGUUUGAGAUCUUAUGCGCUCGCCCAGCUCUGAACCCAGCGCUUCCAAAGGAACAGGUGAGCUUAGCGGAGUGGGCAUUGCACUGCUACAAGAAGGGGAUCCUGGAUCAGAUUAUGGAUCCUUAUCUGAAGGGGAAGAUAGCAGCGGAAUGCUUUAAGAAGAUAGCGGAGACAGCGGUGAAGUGCGUGGCGGACGUGGGAACGGACAGGCCAUCCAUGGGAGACGUGCUUUGGAACCUGGAGUUCGCGCUCCAACUUCAGGAGAGCGCGGAGGAGAGCGGAACGGAGGGUGUGGGUCUUGUUGGAGGAGUGAAUUUGCAAGAGGGGACAUUCGAUGGGGAGGAGGUGACGGGUAAAGGGAGGAAAGAUGCGAAUGGUGGUGGUGGUGGUUUUGAGGACAGCAACAUGGACUCCAGAAGCUCUGGGAUGACAAUGAGCAUUGGGGGGAGGAGCCUUGCGAGCGAGGACUCGGAUGGGUUAACGCCCAGUGCUGUAUUCUCACAGAUCAUGAACCCCAAAGGACGUUGAGAUCUCCAGCUGCAAAUUUAUUUUUUAGAAAAGAAAAGAAAAAAAAAGGGCUGUAGUGUGCAGAUGGGUUUCGUUUCACCUGUAAACUCAAAACUCAAAGAGAGUUUACUUUUUGCUUUUAUUUUUUUUUUUGGGGAAUUUUGGGUUAUUAUUAUCUUUGUUGUUGUAUAAUUCUUUCACUAUUCGAGCU